CUGUUUCCGCCAUUUCAAACGCAACAUCCGGUUGUGUAGCAGCCAUUUUGUCUGUUCAGGCAAGUCCGCCCCACACGGUCAAGAACUGACGUUCCCCUUUGGAAAACAUUUCAGAAAUAUCACACUUGAUACUUUCCCGCGCCAUCUAUGGAAGUGGAAACGGGCUGGAAAAAAUACCUUAUUGAAUUCUACGCUCGGGAAUACCUCUCACUGGCCGAUGUGUGCUGUUUUUGUUGAGUGAGCUUCAUUAAUCGGGGUUAUGUCGAGCGAGGAGAGUUACUUAGCCAUCCAGCGCUACCUGACGGAUGAACGUGAGCCUUACGCACCGGGCACGCACGGCAACACCAAGAGAAAGAUCCGAAAAGCUGCCGCUUGUUACAUAGUGCGCAAUGGGAUUCUUUAUUAUCAGAGGCGGCAGAAAGGCCUGGAUGAAUUCACGGAGCUUGAAGUGGUGCUGCAGGCCGAGAGACGGAAGGAACUCAUCACGGAGGCGCACAUCACGUCCGGAGGGGAACACCUCAACCAGCAGCAAACAUGGGAAAUCAUCUCCCAGAAAUACUGGUGGAGAGGUGUGCUGAAGCAGGUGAAGGAUUGCAUCAGAGAGUGCAGUCACUGCCAAAGCAAGCAGGAGAAGGUGAGAGGCAACGCUGAAGAGGCCACAAAACAAGCAGCUGUCCGGCAAGCAAGACGAAAGACCUCCGCCUGUGCCAGUGAGGAAGAGGACGAUGAGGCACUUGAUUAUUUGGAUCUGGAGCAGUCCAGUGCACCUGAUAAACACGAAUUGGUGUUUGUGGACAGUAAGGGAAUUGUCAAGCAGUUCUUACCGAAGCAUGGGCAGACGAUGCUGGACAAGUUGAACCAGCAGCGACUGAAUAAUGAGUUCUGUGAUAUCACGCUGCUCAUUGAGGGUGAGGAGUAUCGCACACAUAAAGCUGUCCUGGCCUCCUGCAGCGAUUAUUUCUACGAGCUCUUUGUGGAAAAGGGUGCUAUGUCCAGUCAUGAAGCUGUCGUUGACCUCUCUGGCUUCAGCAAGGCCAGUUUUCUGCCAUUACUGGAUUUUGCCUACACCUCCAAUCUGACCUUCAACUUUUGUGUGAUGGCAGAAGUAGCCACACUGGCACGGCAUUUACUGAUGGCGGAAGUGCUUGAGAUCUGCGAGUCUGUGCAUAAGAAAGUGGAAGAGCAGAAGCUGAUGGUCUACCAGAGGGAAGACAUUCACACUGUGGUAUCCAACCAACCUGCGCCCCCUCAGCCAGUAACACCCACUGCCUCCGAAACCUAUGUUGUGACUAUGCAGUGUGAAGGCACGCCUGAAGAAGGAAAGUCCCUGGCUGUAAUCGCAAGUGAAAUCGGGACAGCUGAAUCGCUGGCGUUGCUUGCUGGUGCGACCGUAGAUGGCGAAACGAUGACUGUAGUCACUCAUAGCGGACAGGCUGGCUCAGCGGAGUCUCUUGCCAUGGUGGCCCACAGUGGCCAUGCAGAGGAGGACGAGACCAUGACUCUGGUCACUCACUCUGGCCAGGCAGGUUCAGGUGAGUCCCUGGCUGUAGUACAGGCCUGUUGGUCUGUAGAUGAGCCACAGGUUGGUGACACACCUGUCGCAGAGAGCAUGCAGACGGGAGCCUUUCUUAUUAGCGUGGAUCCUGGCAAAACGGAUGCUUCUGAGAUUGUGCAUUUAGCUGCAGCAGUGCCACCUGCUGUGCAGGAUGAGCCCCAGGCGGCUGAACCAACACGCCAACCUGAGCCUGCAGCAGCGCCACAGCCAGCCCCUGCACCAGUGAAAAGGAGGCCAGGGAGACCACCUAAAGUGAAGCAACAGGAACCACCUCCUCCUUUUCCGUCAGAGGAGGAGCCCAAGGAGAUGGAGGGUGUUGAGGAUGAAUCAAAAAAAGAAGAGGAAUGCAUGGAUUCCAACAAGAGAUACCUGAGAAAACGAUCUGUGAAGGAAGGAGGGUAUGUUCGUCUUCAUAUGGGACUUGAGACGGAAGAGGAAGAGAAAAGCAUUUCACCUCCUACGAAGACACCUCAGAGAUUUGUCAGGAGAGGCCGACCGGUUCAGUCUGCGAAGAAGAAUCCUGAUGAGUUUUCAGAGACAAACCUGGAGGCUACUUCUGAUGCCGUAGCUGCUUUAGCAGAGGAACCUGAGCCUGUUGCAGACCAGCCAGAGACCGUGGAGGAGGACACACUGCAGGGAGACCCAGGAGGAGCUGCGGAGAGAGAACACGCGUGUAACGAGUGCGGCUUGGUGUUCCAGAGGCGGUACGCCCUCAUCAUGCAUGCUCUGAAACACGAGAAGACUCGCAGCUUCAAGUGCAGUAUUUGCAAUAAGGAGUUCCAGUACGCAGCUUCGCUCCGUGCACAUUUGGCCCGUCACAAGCAUCAGAAGACCCAGAGAGCCAGCAUGACACGAGCCAUGGCCGCAGAAGAUUCUCAGGGGUCAGAAGGUCAGAUGAGGUACCGCACCAAACGGGAGUUUGUGUGCGACAUCUGUGGCAAGACUCUGCCCAAGUUGUAUUCCCUGCGCAUUCAUAUGCUGAACCACACGGGGGUGAGGCCACACACAUGCAAGGUUUGCGGGAAGAGCUUUGCCACCAAGCACAGCCUGAAGAUGCACCAGGCGCUGCACGACUCCCUCAAGAGAUUUCAGUGCACUGUCUGUGAGAAAUCUUUUGUCACCAAGAGAAGCCUGGAGGAGCAUAUAAGCAUUCACACAGGUGAAUCAAAGUACUUAUGCACAACCUGUGGAGCAUCUUUUCACCGUGCGUCCGGACUGAGCAAACACCUCAAGAAACAUCAGCCCAGACCUGAGGUCCGCUCAUUCCACUGUUCUCACUGUGAUAAGAGUUUCUUUGAAGCAAAAGACCUGCAGCAGCACAUGAAUAAGCACUUAGGCCUAAAGCCCUUCCAGUGCCAGGUCUGCGGCAAAUGCUACAGCUGGAAGAAGGACUGGUACUCGCACGUCAAAUCACACACCGUUGCAGAGCCCUUCAGGUGUAAUGUGUGUGGGAAGGAGUUCUUUGAGAAGGCCCUGUUCAGACGGCAUGUCAAGAAAGCCACUCAUGGAAAGAAGGGCAGAGUGAAGCAGAACUUGGAGAGAGAGUGUGAACACUGUGGGAGGAAGUUCACACAGCUCAGGGAGUACCGCCGCCACAUGAAUAAUCACCAGGGAGUGAAGCCCUUUGAGUGUCUGACCUGUGGUGUUGCAUGGGCUGAUGCUCGUUCGCUGAAGCGCCAUGUUCGCACUCACACGGGCGAGCGCCCUUACGUGUGCCCGUUGUGCCAGGAGGCCCACAUAGACGCCAGAACAUUGCGGAAACACAUAACCAAGUUCCACGGUGAUCAGUUGCCCGGUAAGAUCAUGCUGGAGAAGGACACUCUGCAGUUCCACAACCAAGGCACGCAGGUGGAGCACGCCGUCAGCAUCCUCAGUUCCGAGCUGCCCCCUGAACUCCAGCCUCCACAGCCUCCCACCACAGAGGAAAUAGAGACCGUUCUCAUCACAGAAGAAACCGUGGAGGCCGUGCAGGCUAUGAGUGAGGGAACCGGGGCCACGUUGUCUGAUCAGAGUAUUAUGCAGGUUGUGAACUUCGUCCUGGCACAGCAGGCUUCAGUUAAAGUGGAAGAGGCACCAGAAAUCAUCCAGACCAUGGAAGUGGAGGUAGCCCAUGUGGCAGAGGUGGAAUGAGACACAAGUACUCAGAUGUGGCUUCUCAGUGACCACCUCAACAGAAACUGACCUGGCAGUAAAAAUAAUAUGACUAUGGGCAGGUUUAUUCUUUUUUUGUUGUCAUAUAAACCCUGUGUGAUAAUGUAAAAUGUGCUCAUUUAUUUUUGUUGUAAAACAUAAAUUAAAAUAAGCUCAAAGGACUCUUGAGUUUGCUGACAUCAGCCUUCCCACAGCUGGAUUGUGUGUGUGUGUGUGUGUGUGUGUGUAUCAGUGCAUGAUGUGGAUGUGUGAAUAUGCUUGAUUUGCAUUAUAGUAAACUUUUGUGUACAUGUGUACAUAAACAGAAUAAUUAGCAUUGUAAUACAGUCACAAUCAAGCAUACAACAAACAAAUGAAUCCCAAUAUAAACAUUUGUCUUUUUUGUAACUAGGUUGCAUUUUCUCAUUAUUAAGGCUGUUUUUUCUUUCGGAUUAUUUGUAAAGCUGAGAUAUAAGCUCUAACAGUCUUAGCGAAAGUGCCAUAGGCUCUUGACUUGUAUGAUGCGGUGCCUCUCGGUCUCAGCUGAGUACUAUGUAUAGCAGCAGAAAUGACAACCAAAUAAAAAACUCCCUGUCUUCAGGGAUGCACCAU